GAACUUUACUCGAAGAUGUUGGCAUUUAUUUUUCGCGGUGUAUUCCUGGUCGGCAUACUGUCCUGGUACAGUACCAGCGUAUGGAAAAUGAUAGACACUUAUUUCAAAAAUCGAUUUCAAAGCUACUUGAAGGCGGAAUACGACAAGAAUCCUCACAUGCUGGCUGACCUGAAGGCCUAUCGCGCGGCCGGUGGUAAGGAAAGCAAUACUGUAGUAUCGACGCCUGACUCCGAAGACCUUCCGUUGAAGGAAAUCAUCAGAACUUGCGAGACCGACGUUUGUCCCACGGUGAAUAAAACGAGCGACUCGGAACAGGAGGAAUUACUUCCUCUGGAUAAAAAAAAUUUUACAUCGAACGACACCGGGGCCGAUGAUCACGUAAAAUUGGAAACUGCGAACGCUACAACCGAGCCCCCUCCAAUAUGGAAGGAGCUCGAUACCAAUGAGAGCAAAAUAGUCGAGGAAAGCCCGAAGCCGGUGACCGAACGAUUGAAAAACGAUACCGCGAAGAAGAGAAAUACCGAGACGAAAAAAGGCAAACGUCAGUCUGCCCGGGUUUCCGCGACUACGGAUCAAACCGACAAACCGAAGCCCGCCAAGAAGAACAAAGUGAAGAUCGUCACGUUCACGGAAAAGGACUUCGCAUCCACCAGGAUCAAGGUGACACCUCAGGACUUUGCCGAAUUCGACGUGGACGAAGACUCUCCGGAACACAACGAUGGCGAACCCCUCGGUAUUCUCGUGUCUGAAUUACCUGUCAAACCGAAACUGAACAUUGGCGAUCUUCGAAGAGUCUCACCCGAGGAAUUUUGCCCCGUCACUCUGGAAGACGAGUUCUCCUGUGACGAAACGAAAACCUGGCCGUAAUCAGGCGCUGACGAUGUACCUAGAGGAUUUGCUCGCUGGUUAUAAAUUUUAUAUGCUUCCUCGGGAAGGUGAUGGGCUUCGGAUUCAUGAAUGUAACUGGGAGAGAACUUGAGCUACGAUUAUAGAAAAUUAUUAGAUAGCUAAAAUUAGGAACCAACUGCGACCUCGAUCUGGACGUACGACAGAAGUAGCAAACGCGCGGCUCCAUUCAAUUCCGACGUAAUUAAAAAACUGAUACUUUCGCGAAAAAACGUCAUUCGGCCCGAUCUUAAAAAUCAGUCAUUACCCGUUAAUUCAAUCGCAUAUCCCGCUGCUAGAAAAGCGUGACAAAGAAAUAUGGACACGUGCACCCGAAGGACUCCUUUCUAUUAGAUGAACUCAAAAAGUCCUUGUCUAUUAUUCGUCAAUAAAAAAAAAAAAGGAAAAAGAUAAACGCUUAGAUUCCCUUUCUUUGCAUCGACGUUUCAACAUCUCGCAACGAGUAGAGAUGUGAUUUUUAUCGAGACCAGCGGCUUUCGAUUCUGGUCUGUCGAGUGUAUCAGCUGCGGAGAUUUCAUCUAUGAGAAAAUAUACGUUGACCUAGCCGCAGGUGAGAGGAUCAUGACCUCAUCUUCGACUCGAACUUGAAACCGUAAACGACACAGAGAAAUGAUUCACUAGAAAGCCGAUGCUGCGAUUGUUGGAUGUAUGUGCGGGUGCGGAUUAGCUGUGCGCGAUUAUCUUAUCUGACAAUUUGCUGCACCGUAUCCCGUAGCGUCUCCACUAAUUUCUGAAACGCUGUCGGACGAAGUGCGAUUUCUACGUUGCGAUCGGCGAACCAACAGGCGUGACCCUGAUUGCGGCCGACAUGCGAUCCGAGUAAUCAAUUGCCCCGAUGCUCGACGUCUAGAACGCACGGGGUAUCCCAUACAAGGUACGAAUAUAGUGUUUUUAAGAAUUAUAUCGGGUGAGAGCGGCCGCUAAACGACCGUUUCAUUAACAUCGCGAGUUUCCGCCGAUUACCCACUUACGUUGAUUAAUCUAGGCGUAGAAAUCUAACGAGGUCCUCGGGAAUUACCGAUAAUAUAAUCAACGCAUGGUACGCAUUUCCAUAAGUCUGUAGCGCGGUUUGAAAAACAGCUGUUCUCUUCGACUGUCCAACACACUUAUCGGUAUUACAGUACAGUACAGCUACUCGCGUAACCCGUAGGCAGCGAAGAAUUUAAAAUCUUUACACUCGUGUACGAGAGCAAUUAAGUACGAGAAGGCAACGAUCCGGACCGUCCGGUAUCUUUUAAUCUCACCAGCGGACUGACCGUACUGACCGGAAACUAAGCGAGGAGAAAAAAAAAAUGACCGAAAAACUACGAAGACACAUACCGCUCGCUCGCUGCGGUACGGAACGGUCGAGAUCCGAUCUAUCUGUUCUCGUAAAACCGUCGAGAGAAAAUUACGUGAAUUGAAUCGUUGGAAAAUUCAGUUAAAUUCUGAUCAAUUUUCUUCGAGGAAACAAUAUUUCGUUUCACCUAUUAUACGAACCGUGUGGAAACCGAAUACGUUUCUGUAUCGAAAACUAUUUGAAUUCCGCCGAAGGGAAAGUGGAUCAAAUCACGGAAGUAAAAUGAGGUAAAUGUCAGGGCGCAUAAAGUUGCAAAUCCGUUCUAAGAAUCCAUCUGAUACCUUUGUUCGGUACCAUGCGAUAUUUUAUGAUCUGAUUAUGCCUCGUCGUCGUCGAGUGGCAUAAGUACGUGAAGCGAAUGAAGCUAGUGAUUCGUUCGCCGUCUGGCAUUACCCUUUCAAAUUCGAAUCGCCGCCGUAGUUGCCACCUAUCUUUGGGUAGAAAAUAUUUAUCAUUCGACGAGGUUGAGAACCCAAGGACGAGCUUGUCAGGUAUCAAUCGGCGUUCGUAGAUACAUGGUAUCGCCAACGUGUUUCGCAACGCCCCUUUUGUACGAGUUUGCAACGGGGAGACUCGAAACCCAGACAAUAAUUACGCGAACAAAAGUAUCCCUCUAUGAUAUACACCUUUGAAUUCCAGUUCAAUGGCUACGGGGAUUCGGAUAACAGUUCAAUCGAAACGUAAUUCAUUCCAACGAUGGCUCUUCGUCGUUGCUACGGACGAUCCGAUUAACAAAAUCGAAACGAGUACACGUUACGCUAUCGAGAACGAUCAAAUGGCCAUCGUCGGAUUCUUCUCGAUUUGAAAUUUUCGUUGGAUUUCCUUCCAAUAAAUUCUUUCGACAUCGCCGUAACCCGCAGCGACGAUAUGAAAUACGCCAUAGUUGGAAUAAUCGUAGCUACUCCAUAACCGGGGAUGCCGGUGUACACUUAAUGUUAAUGGAGAUGUCACUGCAAAAAAUACCUGGCAAAAAAGAGCAAUUUCCGCGUACACAUGUAACAUCCUCCUCUCAUUACGACUCCGUAAUAGUACUUAGAGUAUAAGCAAAACCACGCCGAUCGUAUCUAUCAGUACGUAUGAACUCCUCUUUAACCGGUAGUACGAAACUUUUGCAUGCAUAAAUAAAAUGAAGAGUAUAACGUAACAGGCGUACACGAGAGGAAGUGGAACGCGUUAAAUAAGAAUACAAAAGCAAAAAAAAAAAAGAAGAAAAUUGCAUCUCUUCGACGCUUGUCAGUUAGCAGGCUUCUGCUACCCCGCGGUUAUUCGGUCCUUUGGUUACGAUACCGAAACUUCUGAAGAUCGUAUACGGGAGGAAUUUCAGCAGGUAUACACUAUUGCCGGAGUAUUUUUGGGUUCGUACCCGAGUAGUCUCGCCGGUCACGGCUGUCGGGGUCCUCGGUUCUCGGGAUCUACGAGUGUCCGAAGGACGGCAUUGUUUGGUGGGCGAGGAGGGAGGAGAGGGGAAGGCGGAGGAGGACGGAGGACGGAGGCUGCACCACGGGUCUCCGAGGCGGAGAGGUUCACAGACGAUAGCCCUGUAAACCUUAACCUAAGGCGAAUAUUUGAAUGUGGAAUUUUUGAGUGGCACCUACCUCGAUCGGCGUUCGGUCCUAACGGCUGGUUCGCUACUUUCGAUCUCGACGAAUUCCCACCUUCGAUUCACCCUACCGACGUACUUUUCGCAACGAUAUCACCGCCACUGAAACUCUUCACUUGUCAAAACAUUCCAGGCCGUUAUUAUCCACAGAAAAACACCUCAUUCCGCACUACCUAUCGCGAACGCGUACAGCGAUCGACUGCCUGGCCAUAGCGAUUUUCCCUACAACGAUUUCGAGCCAAGCCGAGUAUCUCAGGCUUACGAUCCCAUGCCGAUCGGUACCGAGGUAUUCCCGCACUGGAGCGAAAAUCUUAACACAGAAUUUAAUCGCUCUUCGGAAUUUAGAUUUUCAAACGACCGAUAAACGCUACCGAACGCCAACCGAUGUGGUAGCGCUUGACCUGCCUAACGAAUUACCAAUGAGAAACCUGCUCUAAUGAAAAAUAUGACACGCCAUCUACAGUUUUUCGAUUCGAAGAUCGUACCGUCGACGAUCGACCUAGGCAGGUAGAAGGUGGCCGUUGAACGGACAGAGUUCUGGCGAGUCGAGAAUUUACCUGCCACCUGAUAACUGCUUGCUCCGACGGCUUGGGAUCACGAGACCGGUUCGUCAGGAAAGUACCAGGCGUUGCAGAAGCGAAAGGCGUUUCCACAAUCGUGCUUUUACAAAAUUUUGGGAAGAAAAAGAAAAAUGGAAUAGAUUUUCCCAAUCCUAUGAAAAGCGACCAACGUUGCGCAAAAUUUGAUCAAUAAUUUCAUGCGAAUUCGAGCACAUGAGCCUCGUAUCGUAUUAUGUAAUUAGUUCGAUAAUUAGUUACUAUCAGUAAUUCGGUAGAUUUAAUUAACUGUUGUCCCGAAUAACGAGAUGGUAGUAGCGCAUUGACCUCGACAAAUAAUUGCAGACUGUAGAAAUUUCAAGUGAUUAAACAUUUUCGUGGAGAUAAUGAUUGAACCAAUGCUCCGCGCCAACGACACACACACGAGUUCAGCUUAGGCCGAUCGAACGUGCGAAUGAGAUCAGAAAGUAGACGUGAGGCAAUGAACUUUUUUUUUGCCAAAGCAAUCGGCGUUGACUCAUAUUUUUUAAAUUUUGCGAGGCCUCUCGAUUUUCGGGAUCGGUGAGCGCUGGGAAGCUUUUGGAAUUGGUUUGAAAAAUUGUCAACGAUAAAUAAAUUUGAAGUCCGAUAACACAGA